UCGGCCAUUACGUCUGCCAUUACAUCUGCCAUUCCCUCCGCUUAUCCUUCUGACGACGAAGAAGAGAUUGUUGCCAGUUUCAAGAAGCCCUUCCCAUUUCUUCGUCUCCCAGCCGAAAUCCGAACCAAGAUUUAUGCCAUCGCCUUUUCCCAUUGCCCAUCCACAAUUGACCUCGAUCCCUCAACCUUUCGAUUGUUCAGCCGGACACAAGUCUUCUCCCUCUUCAAUGUGUCUCGGCAGAUUUACCGCGAAGCUUCGCAUCACUUCUUCAGCACCCAUACCUUCCGAAUAUUCCCCACAUACCCUGGAAAAUUCUUCAAGACGAAGAAGCCACUUCUCGCACGACUACCUGCGCGUUACCGUACAUCAAUCACAACAUUGGAGUUACGAAUCGGUCCAGGAUGGAACAAUCCUCCUCGUGGCUGGGUUAUAAAUGAUGCUCUAGGACUGGGUGAUUGCACAAGUGCUCGAGUGCUUAAGGUCUUCGUGGAAUGCGAUCCUAGUGAUGGUGUUUUCGCAGGAUUUCGUAAAAGUGAGGGGUUCUACGAGGAGUUCUGUGCUGAGCUGUUGGAUGGCGUGUUGAAGAAGGUUCCAACUAUCAAAGUAGUGGAAUUUGAUGCUUACAGCUCGGUAAACAGAACUGGUGAUAUGAUGGCUGGGUUGGGGAAAGUUGUUGCUGAGCACAAACAAGUAGUCGCCUGGGGACCGGAGAGAGGCUGGGACCGUGAAAGCGAUCAAGUUUGGCUUGAUGCUGUUUUGAUGCAUGGAGCAGGUCAA